GCCGCACUGAUCCCGUGGCCACACUGAGCCCAUGGCCACCCUGAUCCCAUGGCCACCCUGAUCCCAUGGCCACCCUGAUCCCAUGGCCACCCUGAUCCCAUGGCCAUGCUGAUCCCAUGGCUGCAGCCCAGAGGAGCAGGAGGUGGAGGAGGAAUGGGCGAGAAAAUCCAGAGGAGGAGAAGGAUCCAGCAUGGCUCUUCCUGCAGGAUUCCCCCACUCCCACACUGGCCACCAGGGCCACUUGGGCCUCUCAUGGCCUGCCCAGGCUGCCAGGAAGGGGGUCCCUGAUGUCCCCAGUGCCCCAGCUGUGUCACUGUGAAGCCCCAGUCCCCUCUAGAUGUGUAGGGAGUUUACAGUCCCCGUUCCCAGCUUGCCGAGGCUGCUGCUCCAUCCCCAGCGCCUGGGCCCCUUCUCCGCUUGGAAUGCUCGGGCAGAGCACCUCUGCUUGGGGAUGGGACCUCUGUAGCAUUACAGACCCCACAAAUUCUCUAUUUUUUAACUCUUCCCCGUCGGGAAGGCAACAGUGCCGCUCGCGGGCUCCGGACGGGGCUGUCACGGGUCUUGUCCAAUAAAUUAACACUUAUUUUCUUGGCUGCUGGUCUGUGCUGCCCGCUGGGGGUGGAUUUGGGAUGGCACGGGUGAGUAUCUGUGGAGCAGGAGGAGGUUUUGGGGUCACCUCGUUCCCAGGCAGGCUGGGAAACGCUCAGUGCUCGAAAGCAGGGCCUGGAGCCAGGGAUGACACCGCUGGGAUUCCUGCAGCCCAAACUGGGCUGAACAACCUCUCUCCAGCUGGAAUUUCCUAGAAAAUAACAAUAAUCGCUGGAAAAGCCCAGGUGUCCUGGCUGAGACUCCGAAACCUCGCUCCUUCCACCGAGGAACAGCCGGCGCCGCAUCCCGCAGGGAAGGAGCAGCUCCCGGAGGGUCUGGGAGAAAAACCCUCCCGGGGUUUUCCAGCUGCCUCCCAGGAUCCCGGGCUGCUUCCUGCAGGGAUUCGCUUCCAUGGAAAAAUCUGAACCCCCUCCGAGCGCCGGCGGCGCCUCCCCGCCCUGGGGAGCUGGGAUUAGCUCAGGAAAUGAGGCACAAGCAGAGACUCCUCCGGCUGCUCCCGCCCUUUCCCGUCAUUCCAGCAGGAUGAGAGCGGCGGAGCUCCUGGUGCUGUGUCUGCCCGCGCUCCUGGUGCAGGGACAGUUCAGCAGGUUCGAGGGCAUCACCUACCCCGAGCCAGUCCAGUACUCCCAGUACGACCAGCAGGCAGAAAUUCAGGAUUACUACGACUACCACGAUGUCACCCCCCGAGCCCCGGAGGAGCAGUUCCGGUACCAAUCCCAGCAGCAAUCCCAGCAGGAAACCGUGCCGGCCCCGACCCCAGCUGCGGUGCCCGAGACGGAGCCCACGGAGCCGGGACCGCUCGACUGCCGGGAGGAGCAGUACCCCUGCACCCGGCUCUACUCCGUGCACAAGCCCUGCAAGCAGUGCCUGAACGAGAUCUGCUUCUACAGCCUCCGCCGGGUGUACGUCAUCAACAAGGAGAUCUGCGUCCGCACCGUGUGCGCCCACGAGGAGCUGCUGCGAGCCGACCUGUGCCGGGACAAGUUCUCCAAGUGCGGGGUGAUGGCCACGAGCGGCCUGUGCCAGAGCGUGGGCGCGUCCUGCGCCCGCAGCUGCGGCGGCUGCUGAGCCGCGGCCCCGCCGCGCACCCGCCCCGCGCCGCCGCAGCUCCCGUGCAUGAAGGAGCAGCUCCCGUGCAUGAGGGAGCCGCUCCCCGAGACCCCGGGAUUCCUCUUCUCCUUGUGCACAUAAUAAUUAA